AUGGUUUUAACUCCUACCUUCACUGAAUACAGCUUUGGUCAAUUUGCCGAGAUUCGUUACCGCAAGGAGUUGUGUGACUUUGUCUUUGAGGUGGAUGGAAAAUUACACUUUGCACACAAAGUUAUUUUGGCUGCAUCAAUGCCUUACUUCGAGGAGCUGUUUGUUGGCAGCGGUGGUGACGACAAUGUCAAUGCCACCGCACUCAUUCUGCCCUUGGGUGGGGUAUUAGAGGCUCUUCUUACCUUUGCCUACUCUGGCCUCAAACCGGAAGCCAGUACUGUGACAAUUAAGGACUUCUUGUCGCCUAUGCUUGAUGAUGUGGACGCGGGUACUCUGCUUCAACAACGAGCCGUACAGACACUUCUACAGUUCGCUUACUCGGGUAAAUUCAGCCCCACGUUGGCGACGCAGGAGGAGGAGGGAGAUGGCCUGCGGGAGAUUAUUUUAGCAGCGAAAUUGUUGAACUUUGACGUUGUCCAACAGUACUGGCGAUUUGCGCAUUCACAUGAUAUCUUCGAGUUGCAGGAAAUGUUGCAGUCCUAUGUGUGCGCCAAUUUUCAGGAGUUUAUUGGUACUCCAGCCUUUCUGGCUCUUACAGCGACCGAAUUGGAAGACUUUCUAGUCCGAGAUGACCUAUCUGUCCCCAGCGAGAAUGAUAUCUUCCGGGCCAUCGUCAGCUGGGUGGACAAUAAGGGAGCUCAUCGACCUUCGUCGAUGCGAAAAAUUGCCAGUAAUGGACGUGUCGAGGUGUUUUCAAGACUUUUUACUCGGCUUCGUGUUUCUAAGCUUUCGGAGGACUUCAGGGAGCAGAUAUUGUCUCAUCCCCUCUGCAGGACUCAUUUGGAUUGCGCGUAG